CCCCCCGCACCACGCUGCUGCGGGUUCCGGAGGCGGUAACAGCGAUGGCUUGCGGGAAGAAGAGGAGGAGGCGGCGGCGGUGGUAACCUUGCGGAUGCUAGAAGGAGGGCACCCUGUUGCCUGCUUGGGCCAUGGGCAAUGUGCCGUCAGCGCUGAAGCAUUGCCUCAGCUACCAGCAUCUCCUCAAGGAGCAGCUGUGGAUUGGGGAGUCCGCGUCAUCGCAGCCUGCAGAUCUGCAGCAGCAACCUGGGCAGGAAUUGCUUACAAGUGGAUUUCCUGAAUUCGUUAAAAUAGUAGAAGUUGGUCCAAGAGAUGGAUUGCAGAAUGAAAAGACCAUAGUCCCUACAGAUGUCAAAAUUGAGUUAAUUGACCGACUUUCCAAAACAGGCUUGCCUGUCAUAGAAGUGACAAGCUUUGUUUCUUCAAAAUGGGUACCUCAGAUGGCAGAUCACACAGAAGUAAUGAAAGGGAUAGAACAGUAUCCUGGAGUACGCUAUCCUGUACUCACCCCUAAUCUUCAGGGAUUCCAUUCUGCUAUAGCUGCUGGGGUGACAGAAGUUUCAGUCUUUGGUGCAGCAUCUGAAUCUUUCAGCAAAAUGAAUAUUAACUGCAGCAUAGAAGAAAGCAUGGAAAGAUUUGAGGAAGUUGUGAAAUCUGCAAGGAUGAUGGACAUUCCAGUUCGAGGGUAUGUGUCUUGUGCGUUGGGAUGCCCUUAUGAAGGAAAUAUUGCACCAGCUAAAGUGGCAGAAGUCUCAAAAAGGCUAUACAGCAUGGGCUGCUAUGAAGUAUCACUGGGAGACACCAUUGGUGUGGGAACACCAGGCAGUAUGAAAAGAAUGCUGGAAUCGGUUAUGAUGGAAAUCCCAGUGACUGCAAUUGCAGUACAUUGCCACGACACAUACGGACAGGCAUUAGCCAAUAUCCUUACAGCUCUGCAGAUGGGAGUUGGUGUCGUGGACUCUGCUGUUGCUGGUUUGGGAGGUUGUCCUUAUGCAAAAGGUGCCACGGGAAACGUAGCCACAGAAGACGUCAUAUACAUGCUCAAUGGCUUAGGGAUCCGCACGGGUGUGAGUCUUUACAAGGUUAUGGAAGCUGGCAACUUCAUCUGCACAGCGUUGGGCAAGAAAACAAAUUCUAAAGUUGCACAAGCUUCCUUCAGCGGUUGAAAUGCAAACAAAGUUGUACUGUUUCUAAAAGUUACAUAUGCGUCCAUCAAUAUGCCCUGCCUAUUUAUAACUGCAUCAAGCAAACCUAUUGCGAACAUCAUUUUGGCAGAGCGGAAAAGAAAUGGGGCAGCGCUAUCAGUAUUUUAUGUUGAUGGCAGCUGGGUGUAUAUGACAGGAGAAUGGAAAACCUCAAGUUGACAGCCCAAUAAAACCUUCUCCCCUUUCUCUUCUGGGCUCUCAGAGAUCUUCUUGCUACAGCCCUUCAUGACCUCUGAUGAUCUGGGCCUGCCCAGUUUCUGAAAUGAUGGAAAUGGUUUAGCUGUAGGAUCUGUCAAGAAAAUGUGGAUGCAUUCAGCUAUGUAUGUAAGAGUACACACAUGCUUGAUUACAGGUGUGAGAAACAGAAUAAGGCCCAGUUCAGACUUUAACCAUCUUGUUCCCACAUACUGUGGCUUGUUCGUGUGGGAAUAAGCCAUGUGUCUGCAUGUUCUCCCCUUUCCUCCCCCUCUCCUCAUGUGCCUACUUAAAUCAAAAGAUUUUGAUUUUUUAAAAGAUUUAAAUCCAUAUUUCCAUGAUACCCAGAUUGGCAUGGCAAGCCAUGGUUUCGGAACUCCCUGAAAACCAGGGUAUCAAACCACUUUAGCGUAACAAAGUUUUUUGAUACCCUGGUUUUCAGGGAGCUUUGCAUUUAGCAGCGCAUGACGGGAGGAGAAAAGAAGAGGUGGGAGUACAGAGAGAAGAGAAGAGAAGAGAAGAGAAGAGAAGAGAAGAGAAGAGAAGAGAGCACAUAGAUACACAGCUUAUUCUUGCCCCAAUGAACCACAAUUUGUUGCACUGGGAUUGUUACAUCUGAACUAGGCUUGUAUGUUUGAGUUGCACUGAGUUGCAUUCAGCGUGGUGGUCACAAGUUGCAUAGGUCUGAUUUGCGGGCUGGGUUUCUUCUCACUAUAUUUUCAACUAGUAUUUUAACUUCCUUUGGACACAAGUGACUGCAGAGUUCUCUGAAUCAAGCUGAUGUUUAAUGCUAUAUAAAUAUAUGCAACAAUCUAUGAGGUCCAUCAUUGUGUGUGGCCUGGCUGUUAUGCAUUUUAUUCCUCCCGAUUACCUUCUUUUCAUUUGCCAAGUCAGCUAUGUUAUGAGCAGGGAGCCAAACCCAGAUUUGCUAUGAGUAGCAUUUUUGCCAUUUUUACUGUAGUUGACAUCUGCUAAAUAUAUGAAUAACUGUAUCUGGUUCCAAGAAUUUGUAGGGAACAGCAGCUUGCCAUAUGUUGCAAAUUUAUGGCACCCUCCUAUAGUUGUUACAUACAUGACAUGCAUUGUAAUGUCCUUUCAUCCCAUUCGUUACUUCAGAAACGCGGGCAAUUAUAUUAGUGAGGAUGCCACUUGGCACAGCUGCUGUACAGUUCACAUCUUUGUCAGUAAAGAGAUGCAGUAUGAACUGACAGACUGGCAAGUUGCAUAGCAGCAAUGCUCAUUGGAUUGCCCUUACACAAGCACACAAGAAAUCAAAGAAGAAAACUCCAGAAGUGUGGUUGGUUUGCUUUCUUCUUCUUCUUUUCUUCUUCUUCUUCUUCUUCUUCUUGAAAAUGGGUAAGAAUGGAGAAUGUUUCCUGUUUGAAUUUGUACCUCCAGGUUAUCAUUUUUUACUCCAUGUAAGUCCAUCAUUGUAAUGGAUGGUAAAGAAAGUGCCUCUUAGCUACCUGAACAGGAAGUAUCUAUGGCUGCCCUUUCGUUUUGUGGAAUGUUGUCGGUUGAUACUGCUGUGAAAUGUGUUUACUGUAUGCAAAUCCAUGCAAAUCAUUUUAAAAUAAUAGCUUUUGCAUUUGUUCAACCAACCUAGUCAGAUGGGCAAUGCAAAUGUGUUGAAUUCCAAGAUGUCAGUCCUUUUACUAUGCGAGGACUAUUUUUCACCAGAAAAGUUUUCUCAGGUUUUGUUUUUCCCCUGAAACAAGUCUUUUGACAUAGUAAAUUGGGUCCUGUUCACACAUAGCCCCGUGGUGCAGGUUUUAUCCACAUGGUGGGUUUAACCACAGUACCAGACUUCCAUACCCUUCCACUGCCCAGAGUACUUUCAGUGGAAACAGAGAUUUAUGGGCAUAGGCAUGGGCUCGUGUUAUGCGAGUCACCUGCCAUGAUAGAACAUGUGAAUUGGGCUUCCUUGCAUAGCCGUUUAUGCAAAUAGCUUCAUACUGAAGUAUCUCUGCACAGUGGAGGGUUCACAAGUCCAAGGCUUACUCCCAUGUAUAAAAUCUACAUUCUCUAGCCAAGUCUGUACCUCAGAGAUCUAUAUAUCUCUGAGGUAUAGAAUGGCCUAUACCUCGGAGCACAGACCAAUAGUUGAACUGGCCCCUGAAGCAAAGAGUAUGGCUUUUUGUUUGUUUGUUUCUUUAGAUGAGCAAUGGAAGAGGUUGGUUCAGUGAGAUAACAGCAAUGAAAAGCUGACGUGAAUAAGGACAGAAAGUGGACACACAAGGAAUGUGUUGAUCCAUAAUGUCUGGGAUGGCUUGCUCCUAGCUAAAACAUGGCAGCAUGCCUGGUAGUGCUCUUCUUGAUACUUAUUCCUCUCCUGAGAGCCUCUGGAAUUGCAUCCUUGUGUUGGUCAAACUUACCAUAUGCCAACACUGGGUGGAGAGAGAGCUGAUUUGUCCAAUUCCUUUCAGUGGACCCAUGGCCAUUUGUCCAUGUGCCCAUGGUCAUUUGAGGAAGAGCAGGAAAUACAUGUAGGAAUCAAUAAAUGAAUGCAGUAAGUUCCCUGGGGCAGAUUCCACCUUCCACCCCUCUCCAGAACCCUCCUGUCCUCCUUCCUCUCUGUCCCUCUCUCUCACACACAGCAAGGCACACAAAUGCCCUGCUAUCUUCCUCCUGGUGUAGGUCCUUCCCCAACUCCCCACUUCCUGCAGCCAACCCUGUCACCAUCAGAGGCAGCAGCACUUAAAGAGCUGGUUCAACUUAACACAUAGAGUGGAUAAAGCAGCGGCUCUAGCAAUGGUGUCCCCAUCACUCUUCUUGGUGCUCGCUUUACCAGCGCACUACUCUCAACAGGUUCCGUAUUCACCACACUAAAAGCUUCCUGUGGAGCCUGGUGCUCAAGUAACAAGCCAAAAGUUGGGUUUGCAGAUUUAGGGCUGCUGCUUCAUAGGGGUCUUAGACUGCUUCAUAAGGAGCUUGCAGACUUAGGGCUGCUGCUUCAUACUUUACUAGCAGUAGCCCAGUUCCUGCCCUCCUGUGACGGCUUGUACAUGCACACUCCUCCUAGUAACCAUUAGGUUUCUCAGUAGUGUGGUGCAGAACUACACAGACACCAUAUCUUGUGGCAGCGGAUUUCAUAAACUACUUAUGUGUCGUAUAUGAAGAAGUAUGUUCUUUUGUCAGUCCUAAAUCUGCCAAUCAAUUUAAUUUAGUGGCCCCCUGAUGCAAAAACCUUUCUCUAUCCAUUUUCUCCACACCACACAUCAUUUUAUAAAACUUAAUGAUGUCCCCCUAAAGUCACCUUUUUCUAAACUAAAACACAUCCUUGCUCUGGAUGUCAGCCAAUAUUUCAAGUAAGAUAUAAUUCUAAGAUAUUUUUGUUCUUUUUGUCACUAUUUUGUUCCAUCUCUUUUUGUUUCUAGGCAUUCAAACAAACAAAAAACCAACAUUAUGAGCUAUUAUAAAUGUCUGAAACACUGUAGUAUAUCAGUUAUCUGGACUCAUUAAAUGCAUCUCUGCCUCCCCCUCACCCACCCCUAGCACAUCUAUCUAUCCAGGGGCAGAGCCACCAUUGGGCAAAUGGGUUCAAAGACCCAAGGCCACCGCCAAUCAGGGGCCAUGCCUCGCGGCCCCGACACCCCCCCCCCACAUCUGAUGUCAGACACAGGGGCAUGAUUUCACUCCCAAAUGGGGCUGUGCAGCCCCAUUUGCAAGUGAAAUCAGCCAGCGCUCCAUUCACAGUGCAGCCAGAGCGACUCUCCCUGGCUUAAAGGCAGGGAGAGCCGCUCCUGGCCAUGCUGCAAAUGCAGCGCUGGCAGAUUUCACUCCUGAGUGGGGCUGCACAGCCCCAUUUGGGAGUGAAGCCACAUCCCCCGUGUCUGAUGUAUGGCUAAACUCCCCCUGUGUUAUACAGGGGGGUGCAGGGGGCGGGGCCAGGGGGGCCGCAGUAGCUGCUGCUUGGUUCCUUCCGCACCUCUAUCUAUCUAUCUAUCUAUCUAUCUAUCUAUCUAUCUAUCUAUGUAAAUAUAUAUAUAUAUAUAUAUAGUAUUAAUUUUAAGAACCCAGGAGAUAGCCUAAUAGAUUACAAAAUGGUAUAUUCAUCAGCUGCAGGAGACCAAUCUACACAUAAAGCAUUAGUAAACAUCACCUAUCUUUCCAUCCAGUGUUGACAUUAUUGGCUAUCAGCAGUACUGAGUGGGUACAUUUACUUCUGAUUACAUUUUUUUUAAAAUCAGUGGUUCUUAUCAGCUUUUAUGUAUAAUGACUCACAAUGGAUAAACCUCUUGUAAGGAACCUUGGUGACAGGUUUCUUCUCACCAUUGUCUUGAUCAGUUCAAGUCAGGAUAACCAACCCUGUUUCAGAACAAGCGCUUAGACCGCUUGACUCUUCUUUGAAGUUUUUCUAUUUUUCCCCCCACUUCUUGUCUAUCUCGCAAAUGCAUAUGAAGCCAUUGCUAAUACUUGUGUGAAUGAUUCUCAUUAUAAUGAUUAUCAUAAGUUAAAUAGAAGUUUAAAUUAUUAAAAUGAAGAGGAAACAGACUUUUAUAGAUGCAAGUUUAUACCUCAGCUUCCCAAUCCAAUGAAGGCAAUCAGUGUGAGGGUGGGAAACAGCUUCUUUAUCCCCGUUUCCUGCUAGCCUGGCUGAUUUGCACUUAGCUAGGUCCUGCACAUCUGAUUAAAGGCCUGGAUUCCCAUAUAGUACUUGAAUGUUCUUGAUGAACCAUAUUUUGAGAGUGACAGACAAAAAUGUGCUUCUCUUCUGUUCCUGCAGUUUCUUGCAGGCACCAGGGUUUCAAUGCACAAUAUGGAGCAACUCCAUUUACAAGGAUUUCUCCAUUCAUUUUAAUGGAGCUGUGCACACCAAGGGAUGUACACUGCCCACUCAAUUGAAGUGAAUGGGGAAGCCACUCAUAUAGGAACUCCAUGUGUGCAUAUAUGCAAGGGCUGAUCUGCCAAAGAUGAAUCUGUAGCCCAAAUGACUACUGCCUUCAGAGCAGCAUCUCAUUUCUGUUGCAAUUUCUACAAAUUCCCAGUGACAAUUAAAAUGGUGAUGCAUGUUCCAUACAGUUUGAAAAUCUAAAAGAAACUCCAAUAUGUAUGAAAUGAGUGAAUACGCAAUGAUUAGUUACUAUCCAGAAAAUGCAGUUUGCACCUUAGAUUAUUUAGUCUAUACGCUCUUAAGAGCAAAGUAUAACCUGACUUUCCAUUUCCUAAUGUGUUUACAUUGAUUUACAGCAAUAGUGUAUCACCAUUCAAAUUCUUCCUGUCCAUGUCUAAAGGGAACAAAGCAAAGCUGUGAAGAAUAAAUAGAACUUUGAAUUAUAAAUGAUGUUGAAUUAUGCUUUACACUUAAGCUGAUGCUUUAUUUUUCAGUUGUUCAUAACUGCAGUGAAAUUAAACAUGCAGGGCAACGGGCGGGGUGGGGGGGAGUGAACUGCGAUCAGGAGCAUUGUAGAUUCCUGGCCAGUGUAGUGUGAUGGAUGUUCCAUCUCUGUCAAUGAAUAAAUAUGGAUUAGCAUGUU